AGGCAGCUCAGGGCCUGGGCUGGGUGCCAGGUUGGGGACUGCUGGCCCUGCCCUGGGCCAGGCACACCCAUGUGGGGGCGAUAAAACUUCAACAGCCUGCGUGGGGAGGCCGAAGCCAGCUUCUGCGCUCCUGGACGCUCAGCCCUGCGUGGAGGCCCCCGCUGCCCAGCCAUGAGACUCCUCCUGGUCGCCGGCCUGGCGGCCAUGCUGUUGUGGGAAGCUGCUGCAGGCCCACCACCCCAGGUACGCUGGCCUCUCCCUGCAGACAGUCACCGUCCACCCCAGGACUCCAAGACCAGAGGUACCCUCGGGGCAGCCCAGCCAGACACGGAGAAGGCCUGGGGCGCCCAAGCCAUGGAGACUCACGAGGAUGACCCGCUGGGGAGACUGAACCCUGAGCCCAUCGGGACGCGGGCAGAGGAGCAGCUGCCAGGCCUGGAUGCCAAGGCCUGGGUGGAGAUCAAGGACACCCUGAGCCCUCUUCGCCGCCCCCAGCGAGGUCCUGAGCCUGAUCUUGACAGCCUGUACCACCCCCUGUCGGAGGUCUAGGGAGGGGACGAGUCCCAGUUUUAGGACAGUGUUGUCUGGAGGACCUAGGCCACACCUGCCACCCUGGUGGCGGGGAGCUCCAAAGGCACUAACCACCCUCCUGUCCCUGCCCACGGCCGAGGCCACGGGGUUGAUCGAUGAUCCUUCCCGGCCAGAAAAAUAAACACCUGCAAACAGA